CUGAUAGUCUUUAUCUGUUUUGAUAACCAAUGGACAAAAAUAGAAAAUUUGAAAAUGGGGGAUGAUUGUAAUUUGUCAUCAGAGAUUGUCUCGUUGAUCGACAGCAGAUGUGCUGAACAACCUUUUGUGGAGAAUGUUGACUGGUUAUCAUUACCUCAAGAAAUAUGGUUAAAUAUAUUAAAAUAUUUACCACAAGCGGAACUGUAUUUUAAUGUAUGCAAAGUUUGCAAAAGAUGGAAUAAUUUAUGUCGUGACACUUCACUAUGGAGGGACAUUGAUUUUCAUAAAAUGCAUAAGGAUAUUCAAGUUAUGAUUGAAAAACACGGUGAUAUGGCACCUUCGAAUGUGUCUAAUUCUGAUUUUGAAACAAUAUUAAGGAUAUUCCACUCAUUUGUAUACUCGAUAAAGAUGAGCAGAUUUUUUAAUGAUUGUGGGCUACAAGACACAACUUUACAGUAUUUGUGCAUGUGCACAAACUUGCAGGAAUUAGAUAUUGGAUUCUGUGAUGAUGUGGAUUUAUCAACUAUUUGUAAACAUUGCACAAAUCUUCAAUCUCUUUGCUUGGAAGGUUGCAGUUGCAUCGCAGAUGAUGAUUUUUCUGAAAUAUUUCUGCUUUCUAAGCUGAAAAAAUUGUGUGUAUCAUACUGUGUCUUAUUGACGAACAAAUUCUUAUUAUAUUUAUAUCAUCUUCCUAAUCUUAAAGAACUUAGUUGCGACGGAGUAAUGCGAACUACUGAAAGUGGUUUGGUCAAUUUCAUACGUCAUCAACCUUCAAUGGAAAAGUUAAUUCUAGAUGGUGAAGAAAUGACAGAUGACCUUGUUUUAUUUGCAACAUCACAUUUACCAGGAUUAAUUGUUUUUGAGCUUUCUUUUUGUCAAUCACUCUCCGAUAUCAGUGUUUAUUCGUUUCAAGGAAGAUAUAAACUUGAAAGUUUGAAAUUCAGGAAAGCUUCAAACCUCACCGGAGCAUCAAUAUGCAAAUUAUUUCAUUCGUCUUCUAUAUUUAAUAUUAAAAGUUUUACAAUAACAGAAUGUGAAUACAUGGAUGAUGAUGCACUUAUUUCUAUGUCAUACAGCUGCCCACAACUCGAACUUCUCACUAUAGAUUGGUGCUGGAAGAUCACUGAUAAAGGAAUGUGUGGAGUCGUUGAUAACUGCAAAAAACUGAAACGGAUGUCGCUAAUUGGUUUAUUCGGUAUUGAAGGAGAUAAAUGGUUGAAUGAUUUGGAUAAAACAUUACCUAGACUGGAAUUUUUAGAUUUGACUGAUUGUAACAAUAUGCCUGAUGACUGCUUGGUCGACUUGGUUUGCAGGAAACGGAAUCUUGAAGUAUAUACCUAUUAUCACGAUCGAGUGCUCGUACCAAGUGUUUCACCAGAACCUAUUUCAUCUAGCAUGGAGGAAGAGUUUAUUGAAUGGGUUUGUCCAGGAGAGAGGGGGGCAAAGGUCAUCUUCUGAUUCAAUCAAACCGGUCAUUUUUCAAUGUUGAGAAUUCCAGUUUCACACUCAGGCAUGCACAUUAUGUAUUGAUUUGGGUUGAUAUCUUUCAUGUAUUCCUGCCUUUCAUGGAAAUCUUCUUUUACCAUGCUCUUCAGUAUCUAAAUUGCUAUGUUUCAAUACUUUCCCACUGUGAAGGAAUAAAAUUUAUACGCUGGUGUCCACUUUCAA